AUGAUUCAUCUUUAUUUGGAGUAUUAUUCCAAACGCUGUAUUCGAGAAACAACUUUGGUUGAAGUACCUAUCGAAAGUUAUGUAGUCUUUGUUCUGUGCAAAUAUUUGCGCCAACCUGCAAUCGGCAAAGAUCUUCUGGUUAAUUUUGUCCAGAGCAAAACUGAACUUGAGCAUCAAUGCGAUAGCAUCUUGUUAAAUUUGACUGUUUGUAACGUGGUUUUUUUCCAAGCAGGCGAAUGGCCGCAAGUCGCAACAUACUGCCAAUUGCCAACCCUCAAGAACAAUGCGUGGAUCGUUUCCGGUCUCUGUGGAAUCUGUAGACACAUAACGAAGUUCCAUAUUGAAUGUUCGACAAGUCCGAAGCGCAUUCUAGGCUUCAAGGGCAACACUCUCUUGGCACCUGCCGAAGUAUCCAUGUGGACAAAGUUCUGCGAGGUGGACAUUGAAGCGUGUGUCCGCGAUGUGCUGCAACUUGGACAUGACAACUCACUUGCUCUUCCGGAAGAUCUCGGAAAGCUAGAGAGUCAUCUUGGUCAGCCACUGAAGGUUCACAAUAUUUACAAAUUGGUAAACAACGUUCAGAAAGUAAAAGUUUCCUCCAGCCAAGAGUACGAAAAGCUGAGUGAUGAGACUGAUCGGUUUGAUUUCUAUGCGAAUCACAAAUUCGCCGAAGGAUACGAAAAAACCCUUGCCGAUGUGAUUCUCUUCAUUUGUGUACAUCUGAUAGGUAAAAGAGCUCCAUUGGAACGUUUCGGAAAGCAAUUGCCAAGGAUUACGGGCUGGUAUGGACGCGUCGUGGCCGACGAUGAAGGUGAGUUGCUUCGGAUUUGCGAAAAGUUUCUCACAACGGAUCAGAUGCAAUUAGAAGCAUUGAAAGCAGAGCUAAUAACAAUAGACGUACCUGCUAGCUUUAGCCUCUACAAAGCGGACACAAAGAAGUUGAAUCUGUUGGGUGAGAAAGUCCUCACCACGAAUCAACCGGAAGUGUUGAGUAUUUUGGAGAAGGUGAAACGCUUAGAGCUGGAUGUGGAGAGCAUGCCAAACGAUCGAGAUGCUAAUCUGUUCGAAUGGGACUCUGUUCCGUUGGAUGCAAAACCUGAGGGUGGUAAACUUCCUACGAAACGCAUCGACCGCAAAAAGCACCAGCUCGAAUGUCUGGCCAACGAGGUGAUUAACCUGGCUCAGCCCGGUGACACAAUAGUCGACUUCUGUUCCGGCACCGGUCAUCUGGGUAUUUUGCUGGCCUUCCUGCUUCCCGAGUGCACAAUCUAUCUGCUCGAGAAUAAGGAAGAGUCCCAACAGCUCGCAAUGGACCGGGUGCAACGACUUGGAUUGCAGAAUGUCGUCUACUUCCGAUGUAACCUGGACUACUUUAAGGCACGGUUCGAUAUAGGUGUUUCACUGCACGCGUGCGGAGUGGCUAGUGAUAUCGUGCUGGAGAAAUGCUUAAACCAGAAAGCCAAGUUUGUGUGUUGCCCCUGCUGCUACGGAAAGCUCUACGAAUUCGAACGUAUACGUUACCCGAGGAGCCAGAUUUUCCAACAGUCUGAGCUUCUACUGAAGGAAUACCUGUGUUUGGCACAUUGCGCCGAUCAAACGCACGAUUUGGACAACACUCGGACCAACGUUGCGAAAUCGCAUCAAGGAUUCUACUGCAUGGACAUUAUCGACAAGGAUCGCAUGCUACGAGCGGAAGAGCUUGGCUAUACGGUGGUGCAGAAACGACUUAAACCCGAAAAUUGCACGCCCAAGAAUAGACUUUUGAUAGGGACAUUGUGAAAUAGGAAAUUAUUGAUCUUGUUUUGUAAAAGCUGAUUAUAAAUAAAGUUUUAAUCCUCUAGGUUUCAACAACGAA